CUUCUCCUUCCGCAGGAAUCCACGAUCCCGCGGUAAGGGAAGGAAGGGCGCUUGUUGCUUUGAUUGCACCUGCGGAGUUAUUCAACCAAAACAAUUUCUCUGCAUAACCAUUCACUGUUCCCUUUGGAGGAAUCAAAGCAUCUUCCUUCCAUUGAACUCUCUGUCACCCUCCGUUUCAUUUGCACACCCAGGAUCAUCAGACCGCACGUGGAAGCUUGUCAUGGUUAUCGAAACUAAUACUUUAAGUUAUUGGUUGAACUGGAGAUUCUUUCUGUGUGCUUUGUUUCUAGCAUCCAUUAUGGUUGUGGCAGCCGUAUUAAUAUGGACGUAUGAAGGUUUCAAGAGACGCAAAUCUGAAUCAGGAGACGAUUCACAAGAUUCAGUUGGGUCAUUGUACGAGGAUGAAUUCUGGCGGACAUGUUUAAAAGGUAUUCAUCCAGCUUGGCUGCUAGCUUACAGAAUGCUUGCUUUUGCAGUGCUCUUGGCAUUGAUAAUAGGCGAUGCUGUUGUUUCUGGAGGCGGAAUAUUUUUAUUUUAUACUCAGUGGACGUUCACAUUGGUCACGCUCUACUUUGGGCUUGCAACUUCAUUCUCCAUUUAUGGUUGUUGCAGAAAAUGUAAUAAUAGUGGCAGCUCAACUGAGUGUACAAGUUUAGAUGCAGAGCGAGGCACUUACGUACCCCCAACUCUUGGUGAUGGGAGCCCCGAUGUGUCCAAUACAGCCAAGGGUUCAGACUCCCAUGAGGAUUUUCAUACUCGUAAAGCUGCUGGUGUGGGGGGAUAUGCAUUUCAAAUUAUUUUUCAGACAUCCGCAGGUGCUGUAGUACUUACAGACAUAGUAUUUUGGUUCAUUCUCUACCCAUAUCUUCUAUCUCAAAAUCGUGGGCUAAGUUUUUUCAUUGUUACCAUGCACUCGGUAAAUGCUGUCUGUCUUCUCGGUGAAACGAUUUUGAAUGGCUUGCGAUAUCCAUUCUUCCGGAUUGGAUAUUUUGUAAUGUGGACAGGGAUAUUUGUCCUUUUUCAAUGGAUCCUCCAUGCUUGUGUUUCGAUGCCGUGGCCUUAUCCAUUUCUUGAACUUUCAACCCCAUACGCUCCUUUAUGGUAUGCUGGGGUUGGGUUGAUGAAUAUCCCUUGUUUUGGGGCCUUUGCGCUAGUUAUCAGAAUGAAGCAGUCUCUAUUGCAAAGAUUGUUCCCAGAGUCGUUUCAGGGAUCGAGCUGACGAUUGUCGAACAACCAGUAGUUAUGAUAUUAUGUGUUUCCCAGAGAGUUCCGUCAUGUUUGCUCCAAAUUUUGAGUGUUGAGGACGCAAGUCACCAAUCCAACAAAUAUUGAGCAACCAAACAUGAUGACGAGGUGGACAAAACACAGGCGUUGGAUGGAACCCACACUCUAACCAUGCUCAAAUAGGCGGAAGGUGCAAGCUUAUCAAGUUUUUGUAUCUUUCCCUUUAUUAUUAUUUCUUUUUUGUUGGAGCCAUUUUGCUAACUUCGUUCCCCUCUCAACUGGCCAUUUAUUUAUAUAUAUAACAUUUUUAAA